UGCAUGUGAAUUUAUUUUGAUCAUUAUGUUUUCUAAAGGUUUGAUGAAUUAUAAUUUUUGCUUACAAAUUUAUAUUUAGCGGAUAAAAAUUUUUUACCUAAGUGUGGCGUAUAAAUUUGAUAUAACCAAAAAAUGGCAGAAGAUCGAAAACAAAUUACCGAAGAAAAAACGAAACCAAUAUUUCGUUCCUUGACCGCUGACGAUCCGGAACCAGAGACGACACAGAUAGAAAGUCUUUGCAUGAAUUGUGGGCAAAAUGGUGUUACUAAAUUACUCUUGACAAAGAUACCAUAUUAUAAAGAUAUUGUACUAAUGUCUUUUGAUUGUGAACAUUGUGGUUUCCAAAAUAAUGAAAUACAAAAUAGUGGAAAAAUUACAGAGAAGGGAAUUAGAAUAACAGUAGAAGUUAAAUCUUCUAGGGAUUUAAAUCGUCAGGUAGUUAAAUCAGAUUAUACUUGUGUAAAAAUUCCAUCCCUGGACUUCGAAAUCCCUUCUAGAUCACAAAAAGGUGAAAUUACAACAAUUGAAGGAAUUAUAGAAAGAACAAUCGAUGGUUUGGAACAAGAUCAACCUGAAAGAAGAGAAAAGCAUCCAAAUGCUGCAUCUCAAAUUGAUCAGUUUCUUGAGAAAUUAAGGAAGCUUAAAUCUUUAGAUGAACCUUUCACUAUGAUAUUUGAAGACAUAUCAGGUGAAUGUCAUAUAGAAAACCCAAAAGCACCAUUAAAAGAUGAAGGAUGUACUAUAACACAAUUUAAAAGAUCCAUAGAGCAAGAUAGCAUUUUAGGAAUUUAUUCUGAGAAUUCAGAAGAUACUUUAUUGAAACCUAUAAAGGAAGGAGAAUAUACUUUGGAACAAUUUGAGGGAGAAGUACUUUCCUUUAGAACAAAUUGUCCAGAGUGUAAUUGCCCAUGUGAAACCAAUAUGAAAUUGACCAAUAUCCCACAUUUUAAGGAAGUUGUAAUUAUGGCAACAGUUUGUGAAGCUUGCGGGCAUAGAACUAAUGAAGUUAAGAGUGGUGGAGGUAUUGAACAUAUGGGAGUAAAAAUAAAAGUAAAGGUUGCAGGAAAAGAAGAUUUUAGCCGCGAUUUAUUGAAAUCUGAAACUUGUUACAUGCAAGUACCCGAAUUGGAAUUAGAAAUUGGUCCCGCUACUUUGGGUGGACGUUUUACUACUGUAGAAGGCAUUUUAGUAGCGGUUAAAGAACAGCUAUCAUCGUCGAUAGCUUUUAGCGGUGAUAGUAGUGAUCCAGAUACUAUGAAACGGAUGGAUGAUUUCAUAUCUCAUUUAAAUGAGGUUUUAGAAGGAAAACGAAAGAUCACACUUGUGUUAGAUGAUCCAGCAGGCAACAGUUAUAUUCAAAGUCUUUCAGAUGAAGGUUUAGAUAGCGGUUUGGAAAUUACUAAAUAUGAAAGAAGUUUUGAUCAAAAUGAAGAACUCGGAUUGAACGAUAUGAAAGUUGAAGAUUAUUAAUUGU